AUGUCCCGCAACAUGGCCACCGUCAACGAGAACCCUCGCCAACCCGCCCCCUCCCACUUCAUGGCCACCUCCGGCGCCCAGGACCCCGUCUGGAUCCACACCGAACCCUACUCCAACCGCCCCCGCUUCCCCGCCCUCGACCGUGACCUCGACACCGAAGUCUGCAUCAUCGGCUCCGGCAUCAGCGGCAUCCAAACCGCCUACGAGCUCGUCACCCGCGGCCACCAGGUCGUCAUGAUCGAAGCCCGUGACAUCCUUAGCGGCGAGACGGGCCGGACCAGCGGUCAUUUGGCCAGCUCCCUCGACGACGGCUACACCAACAUCGCCCAGAAGCAUGGCGACCAGGGUGCGCUGUAUGCGGCGCAGAGCCAUUCGUUUGCCAUUGACCGCGUGGGGGAGAUUGUGAAGAAGCAUGAUAUCGAGUGCGAGUACAGGAAGUUGCCCGGGUAUACGAUUAGUCAGUGGGACCGCAGAAAGCAACCCAAGAAGCAUGACGAGGAUGUGAAGAUGCUCAAGGAGGAGGUGGUCAAGGCGAAGGCGUUGGGUUUGCCGGCGGACUUUAAGGAGGGAUUCUCGGUGAAGGGAUGGGAUGGCGAGCCGGAUCAGCGGGAUGCUGCUGUGUUUGAAGGGCAGGCUACUUUUCACCCAACGAAAUACCUCAUCGCCGUCCUAAACUGGCUCAAACAACAACCAAACUUCACCUGCUACACCCACACCCGCGCCAUGAACAUCGCGGAAAAGGGCAUCGAAAUCGGCCCCAUCGGCACGAAAUCCGUCGAGAUCAAAACCCUCGCCGGCCACACCAUCACCUGCGCCCAAGCGGUCGAAGCAACCUGCGUCCCGCUGCAGAAACUCUCCGUCAUCGCCGAAAUGGAAUUCGACCGCACCUACUGCAUCGCCAUCCGCGUCCCCAAAGGCUCAGUAGAAGACUGUCUCCUGUACGACUCGGCGGAGGAGUACAAGUACGUUCGCCUCACGCACUGUGAUGACAAGGACGACUACAUGGUCGUCGGCGGCUGCGAUCAUAAGGUGGGACAGGAAGAACCCAUCGGCCGCUACAAGGAAAUCGAAACUUGGGUCCGCGAGCGUUUCCCACAAGCAGGCAGUGUCGAUUACGCCUGGAGCGGGCAGAUCUUCGAACCGGUCGAUUACAUGGCGUUCAUCGGUCUCAACCCGGGCAACAAGCACACCUACAUCAUCACGGGCGACUCCGGCAACGGCCUCACGCACGCCGUCAUCGCGGGCCGCAUCAUCGCCACGACCAUCGAAGGAAAACCCGACGCCUGGGCGAGCGCGUACAACCCAUCCCGCGUCACAUCCCUGCUCAAAUCCGGCAAGGAACUCCUCUCCCACGACUUGCAGAUCAACGCGCAGUACAAACGCUUCUUGCAGAGCGAUAUCCAGGAUAUCGAGGACCUGCCCAACGGCGAAGGCGGCGUGCUGAACCCGGCCACGAAGUCGCCCAUGGCCGUGUACAAGGAUGACGAGGGCAAGGUGCACAAAUUCUCCGCCUUGUGCCCGCAUCUCAAGGGCGUGGUGUGCUGGAAUCGGUCGGAGAAGAGUUGGGAUUGCCCGGUGCAUGGCAGUCGGUUUAGUAAGGAUGGCAUUUGUGUCAUGGGGCCUAGUAAGGGGGGGUUGAAUGCUAUUGACGAUAGUGGCAAGGCGUCGCAGCAAGAGGCUAUGCAGGCGUGA